GAAUUAAUUGAAGUCUUUACAAGUGCUGGAGAACCAACAGGAAGAGGGGAACCAAGAUCUAAAAUUCAUUCCGAAGGUAUUUGGCAUAAUACUGUUCAUACAUGGGUGUUGGAAACAAGCACUGGCAAAUUGUUGGUUCAGAGAAGAUCACCAAACAAGUUAAAUCAUCCAAAUCAAUGGGAUACUUCAUCUGCUGGUCAUAUUUCUUUUGGACAAUCUAGUGAUGAAGCAAGUGUUAGAGAAAUUGAAGAAGAAUUGGGUAUU